UGCCGCCCGUCCGCCGCGCACAGUAGUCGCUCGUAGCCGGUUGUCGGUCCGCUCAAGCAGCGCGACGCGGCUGACAGACGGCUGCUCGUCGUCCCGUUGUCGACUCGUGUUUGCGAGGGAAGAGUUAAACGAUUAACGGGCGAUCCACGCGUCGAAACGUCGUACGUGUACACCCGGUGUUCUUCGACAGCGGCGACGAAAUGGCAGCGGUGAAGUGUCGGGCGAUAUUCGUCGUUAGGUGGUGCGAGAUGAGCCGCGUGCUAACCGCCUCGUCCUGCCUGGCUACAACGAGGAGGUACCAAAAGGAAACAUGGUGCAGACGAUGGUGGCACAUCUCUCAAAGAGGCGUCUCCGUAUCGGCCAGUUCCUACUCGCCAAAGUUAAAUCCGCUUCUGAUGAAGCAACUGAAAGAGCCUAAAGCAACGGAAAAAGAAACGAAAAAAGCUGAGAGAGUUACGUCAACGGAAAAAGUGGAGGCCGAGAGUAUUGGUACGGAUGUUAUCGUGGCGUAUCACCGGGGACUUCCUAGGAUCACGGUGCCUCUCCCGUCCAGGAGGGAGCACUGCUCGUUCACCAUGAAACCGAUAACUCACACCGUUGGCAAUUUUUUAAGUAUGCUGAAGUCAGAGGAUCGUGGCAUCGAUCGAGCGUGCAUAACGUCGCUAGAUGGCGUCAGGAUAGCUUCCAGUAACACGAUAGAGUCGCUUUUAGAGGAGGAUUUCAAAUUAUUAAUAAACGAUAACGAAUACAUUGUCUCGCCACCGUUGCAAGAAAGGUGCACGACAGAGGAUUUGCAGAAACUCGGAGACGUGCAGGCGCUCGUCGCACAAUUGUACGAGGCGUUCAACGUGCGGGAGUAUAACAUCGACAUGGAGAGAUCUGUCGUUGCCGAGCUGGAGGAUAUUAGAUUACAGCUGGUACCCAUGGAACAGAAAUUGCUAGAGAUACAGAAUGCCGCUUACAAGAAGGCGAAUUUUGUUAUCUGGACAUUCCUAGUCAUGAUGUCAAUCCAAUUUGGGGCGUUGGCCAGAUUGACCUGGUGGGAAUACUCAUGGGAUAUAAUGGAGCCCGUGACUUACUUCGUCACCUACGGCACUACUAUGAUGUGGUUCAUUUAUUACCUCGUGACUCGACAGGAAUACAUGCUGCCGGAUGUAUUGAACAGGCGUCACCUAAUAGAGCUUCACAGAAGAGCGCGUAAGAUCGGUCUCGAUGUCGAACUGUACAAUUCGCUGAAGAAUCGUGCAUACGAGUUGGAGACCACGCUGAAAAUUAUUCGCGGCCCUUUAUACGAUUACAAGAUUCAAAGGGAGCAAAAGCAACGCGCCAGAUCAAGCUCCAGUAGUAGCUCAAGAUCGCCGAGUUCCUCGCCUAGCCCUAGUCCUAGCCCUAGUCCCGAAAGAGACGUUCCUAAAAUUAUACCCGAAUCGAGCAUCUCGCGAAAGUAUGCCGAAGAGUAUAAAAUUUAAUCAAGGUGUUAAUUAAGGUGUUCAAACGAGCCGGAAUGUAAAGGAAUCAACGAUUACCGAUCGCUUAAAAUCAAUGUUAUCUUCUUCCAACGAAGUACACUCAGAAAAAAAAAGACUUCCCUUCUCUCGAGUAUGAAUGCGAUGCACUCAGGGUAACUUUCAAGUCCGCAAAAUCGAAUGGCGAGUGAUCGGAAUUGCGAGACUGAAAUAAAAAUGUAAUUUAUUUUUGUGUUUGCGUGCGUUUACGUGAAGGAAACCCGUGUAGUGAUAUCCCAGAUCUCGAGUCAGUCUUCCAAGUAUAGUAUCGGCGGCAACCAACUUUCGUCGCGCGUAAUGCAUUUCAUAGGCGUUAAGUGUCGCGGAUUAUCGAAUGCUCAAUGCUGUCGACGUGUUUGGAAGACGUUAGAGAAAGAUAUAUAGAAAAGAAAGAAAGAAAGAGUACAUCAAGUGUCAUAAAUAACUUAACAGUUACUAGAUGAGCAUUCUUCGGUCUCUAGUUAGUAUUCCGCGACACAUUUCACAAAGAUUUUAUAUAAGAGUUUUAUAAUAAAAAUAUGUUUUAUUUAAGGUGACGAAUGAUGUCAAAAUCAUGUCGUUUUGUAUCUUACUUAUAAGACGCUGUUUCUCAAAGUGUUCCUGGAAAAUGCAUCUUAGUAAAUGUUAAAACAUUUAUGACACUUAUAUGUACGUGCAUAUUUUGAUUAACUCUUUGUUGCAUUUAGUGUAAUUGGAAAGAAAUACAUCCUGAGAGAUCUUAACGGAUUAUUGUUGUAGAUUACCUUAUCACUUUAUCGGCUGAUCUUAGCACCAACUGUUCAACCGUUAUCUCUCAUGCUCGGCCGAAUUAUAUAUAUUAUAUUAAAUCUCAAUGUAACUUGAAGCGUGACGAAUCUCUUACGCAUUGGUGCAAAGUAAAUACUAUUGAAUUUAAACAUAAAACUAUAAGCGCCUUGACCAACGAAAUUUUAGCAGAGAAUAUUAGUGAAAUGCUUAGCGCAGAAUUUAAACAUUUCACUGAUUUAUAUUCGAUUAUGCAUAUGCUUCUAUGUCAACUCGUGCACGAAAGUCUUUACUAUGCAUCAGUGCGCACUCUAAUCUGAUUCAACUACAAUAGUUUAGACGUUAACUGACAAGUAAUUGUUCUGUCAUGAUGUAACAUACCUCGCGAAAACUGUGAAAAGAUUUUACGAAAUGGUGAAAUGUUAAGCCACAUUGAGUUGAAUUGCGUUUACGUUAUGGUGUAUAUAUAAUUAUUCUAUUAUGUAUAUAAGACAAUGUAUUAUAAGAACUGUACAAUAUUAAAAAAUUAAGCAAUUAGAAAUCAUAAACUAUUAGUUGAUACGUAAAAAAUAAACAAUAAUAGUAUUUAGUUGCAUUUUUUAAUAUUGUAUGAUUUAUGUUGAAAACUUCUUAUAUACAUUUUAUAAAAUAAGCGAACAAAAAGUUUUAAUUAUAAAUAUAUCUUGCAAAUAUUUAAAAAAUUAUUUCAAUAAUUGAAAACUUGGUCACUUAUAAUAAUUAUGAAUAUUUAUUACAGUUUGACACGUGUAAAAUGAUUGAUAAGUUACUAAAGUUGUUUUGCAUAAUCUUUUAAAACGUUGUUGAUUGUUCGCAAAGUGAUAUUAUGACACAUCGACGUAAACGUUAUUGUAUAUACAUACAUAUAUAUAGUUUUUCAUAAAUUCAACGAAAUUGCUCUAAUCAUUGAUGACAUAAUUUAAUCAAUUUCACACACAUCGUUAUCACGCUAUAUUAUAAAUAUAAUACGUAACAUAUUGUUCUUCCUCCCAUUGAUUCACAUUUAAAUUCUACAUUGGUAUACACAUACACAUAGAGAAAACUAGAUCCAAAAAGGGAAUAUUUUGACAAAAAAUUUUUCAUUUUAUUUAUAUAUAUAUAUAUAAUAUCCAUAUGUUUUCUUUAUAUUGUAUAAUUCUUUCUCUAAAUUUUUCUCUAAAUAUAAAAGAAAAGCAAUACAGGAAAUAAUAGAAAAUAAUUAAAAUAACUUUUAGUGUUUUUUUUUUACAAAAAAUAAAAUUGCGAUUAGAUUCUAUAUCACGUUCUAUAUAUAAUCAUUUUAUAAUUUUUUUUUAAUUUGUUAUGCAGAUUAUUUGGACAGAUAUUAUACAAGAAAACAAAAACAUAUAGACAUAUAUAUAUGAAAAAUUUUUUAUCAGAAUAUAAAAUUAUUCGGAGAUAUAGUGGAUAUGUUACAUAAUGCAUUCACUCUCGUUACCUCAUUGAUAUUAACAUAAGCUAUAAAAAUAUUUAACGCGUUUCUUCAAAACUUUAUCCUUAAAAAUUUCUAGUUCUUAAAUAAUCAAACUCUAUAUAUUAUAGAGAAUCGUUGAUAUAUACGACCAGAGAAGUAAAAAGCACCUACUACUAUCUUAGUAUUAACUAUUAGCUCUUAAUAGAGACAGCAUUAAUACUAUUAUUACUAUUAUGCUUUUCUAGGCGAUUUCCACGAAAGUAUCAUAAUCUAAGAACUCAUAUGUAGAUUACACUUCUAAACUAAUAGGAACUUCUUCUCGCUUUCAUAAUAUCUAUCCGUCCGCUGAGGUAGUUUGUUGAACCAGAAUUUUGUUUUUCUUUUUAAUAAUUUUAAAAAAAGGGUUCAAUAAACUCGUGUUCUAUAAUAUCUUCAAAUUAAAACAAGAUCUUUAUAAUAAUCUAUUUCACCAAGGUUCAACUAUUAUAAAUUUGUAAUUUUACAAUCUUCCAUCGAAACAGAUUAAAUAUAUUUAUCAGAAUUAAAUUCUUGUGAAGGCAUACUAUUUCUCUCUUUUAUUUUUUUAUUUCAAAAAAAUUUUUUACUUUUAUGUAACAAUAGACGAUACAUAGACAAAAAAAAUUAAUACCGUACUCUCUUACUCUAGAUAAUGCACAAUCCGGAAUUAGAAGUAAGAUAGAGUUAUACAUGCUACUAACGUUAGAGGCCAAUGCUUUUUACGAACAGGAAACGAACCAUAAAAAACACAUUUACGCGUAGAACCUUCUCAUCUUCUUCUUAAUAAGUUUAUCCCACUUCUUUCUAGAAGAAUGUACGAAGAGUUUAUAGCUUGUAGUGAAUAAGAGGCAUAAUUCUCUAGAGUAAUACGAAUGAAAGUAUCACUUUCCUAUUUCUGAUCAUCAACGCGCAAUUUCUUCCUCAAAUAUUUUGUACCAUUCAUAGGAGACGUUAUAUAUAUAUACAAUAUAUAUAUACAUAUAUGAAAAAUUUUUGUACAUAUAUAUAAAUAUAUUCAUAUGUACGUACACGCACAUUGUACAUUACGCAAACGAUUUACGCGUAAUUUUGCGAGCGAUAUUGCCUUAGUAUCUUUUCCGGCAAGCUUAUCGCCUAAUUCUCGAUUGACGCAUAAUAUAGGAUAAUCAAAGCUGGCUACGAAUAAGACUACUGAACAUCUGCAUACACAUACAAAAAUCACUCCUGGAUCUCGA